AUGCCACAUGAUCGUGAUCGCGUUUUAUUUUGGUCCCCGAACCAUUAUGAUCGCUUUGUUGUUAUCUGGAAGAAUGACCUGUUUUUGUUUUUGAUUAAUGAGCUAACAUCUGAGCAGUUUCAUAACGUCACUCACCCACCACGCUCUUCUGUUUACUUGGUGUGGAAUCCUUGGAAGAGUAAUCUGCUGGCUCAAGGUCUUGAAAAAGGUCGUCAUGGCAGGGAGCCCUCGAUAUUGAUCUGGGAUGUCACUGUUGAUGUGGUUAAUGAGUCUUUGUCUUAUAACCAACCUUCUGGGUAUGCAUCUUCGGCGGCAGGUUCGAUUCACAUGUCUUCAAACUCCACUUACAUAGCCCUACGUGAAUCGGAAGAAUUAGUGUGCAACAAACCAUUAAGUGAUUUCGCUAUAAAUGAGUCUACUGCUUCCUUCGUCUGGUUAUCAAAGAGCUCUUUCAUAACUGGAGUGAUGGGCAAAUAUCUUAAGAUUUUUGAACUAGCAGACUCACAAAAACCCUGCAAAACCGUAUCCACAAAGGCCGUUUAUGGCUUGUGUGCUGAUUCACUUUUCCCUCGUCGUGUAGCCUCGUUUAACGAAGUUUGCUUUAUUUUUAUAUGUACCGCAAAUUUUUCACUAUGUCUUUACUUAUUUUCUAAAAUGAAUUUCAGAGACAAGUUGUCAUAUGGAAUUGUGGAAAUCUCGACAAGCCUGUAG